AUGCCGAACAUUCUUGUUAUCUCCCUUGCUGGCUUUACUGUUCUAUCCUGUGACAUGUAUCCUCGGCUGAACCUUAAGCUAUUGACACGCGCCGCCGUCCACGAGUCCUUUAUCCCGGAAGAUGCUCUUCAUUACAUUGGCAUCAGUUGGCCGCAGAUCAUACUCGUCUCCGACUCCGCAAUUCUCGACCAAGAGAAUGAGCGCCUUCUCGAAGCUGUCACGGAACAGGUGAAGUAUGGGUGCACAAUGGUCUGCAUGGGCACUUUCGCAACCACGGCCCCGUAUGAUAAACUGGACUCCAUGUUCAAGGAACGUUUCGGCCUCGGAUGGCGUGUCUACGAGUUCACGACGCGAACAGCGAUGGUCAGCAGGACGAGUCUGGUGUCGAUGUUCUCCGCGGAGGCUGUCUUCCUGCGCCAUGUACCUACGAAAGAGAUGGUGUAUGUUGAUGAUUCGAGCGACCACACAUACGCUGCCUUCGCAAGAGUUGGAUACGGGAAGCUAGGGUAUAUUGGAGACGUGAACUUCAUGGAGGAGCCUGAACAUUUGAUAUUGGGAAUGUGUCAGAUCGAUUGGCCUGCAGACGCGCCGCGGGCUAUCUCUGCACUUGUCAUCAUCGAUAUGCAAAACUUCUUUCUCUCUUCAGCAUUUGGUCGCAAGAAAGGCGCGGGUCAUUCUGCCUGCGAACAACUUGUGCAACACGCCAUACCCGCAGCUCGCAAGGCAGGCAUCCGUAUCAUUUGGCUAAACUGGGGAUUGUCAGAGCAAGAAGUUAAAAAUAUGCCACCAGCAGUCAAGCGUGCAUUCGGCUUCUUCGCCAUCCCAGCAGACUCUGAUAUCAGGACUGGCAAAGGAGCAUUCGGCGACUAUCCGGCAAGCGUGAGCGUCAACAGGCACGGCGCCCUCCGUGACAAGCAAUCCGCAUACAAAGGCCUAGGCACUGACUGCGGCACCCUCACUCUCGAAGAUGGCACCAAAAUCGACGCUGGAAAACUGCUCAUGCGCGACCAAUGGAACGCCGCUUUAUACCCACCUCUCGACACCAUAUACACUCAAGGCUCCCAACUCCCCAACAUCCCAGACGUCUGGAUUCACAAAGACCGCAUGUCCGGACUGUGGGGUGCCAAAACUGCGUGCGAGGAGUUUCUGGAGAAAGAGGAGGUUAAGACAUUGUUCUUUACCGGUGUCAACACGGAUCAGUGUGUGGGUGGCACGCUGACAGAUGCAUUUAGUAAAGGGUAUGAUUGCGUGCUAUUGAGUGAUGGAUGUGGGACUACGAGUCCGGAGAGUGCGCAGGAGUGCUAUGAGUAUAAUAGUGCGAACACGUAUGGGUUUUGUACGAGUUGUAGGGAGUUUGCGGAGGGGGUGGAGAGGAGUUUGGGAUAG